GACAAUCAUAUAGCGAUGCAUCACGAAAUCUGUCUAACUGAAGAAAACAACGUCUGUGAAGGAUUUUUCUAUUUAUGCACAACAUUCAUUUGAGCAGCGCCACUGUGAGGAGACAUUAAGUUGCGAUGCCCAGUGAGAGAAACUGGCAGGGACUGUUGACUAUCCAGCGCCUUAAUUUGUAAUAAAAAUAUCGAUAUUUACCAUGGCGUAUGGAUUAUGGUGUUGCACAAGGAAAGAUGACCAUAUGUCACACCUGCAUUCGAACAUGCUUUCAUGUAUUGAUCCAAAUACCUGUGUGCACGUGCGCUUAAUACGUGUAUGACUAAACAUUACACAAUGCUACAACCCAUACACUGAAUAAGAUGAAGGCAUAAGUUGUGAUUUUUGACAUGCAGACAAAUUUGACAUACAAAACACUUUUCUAAAAGACAUUGGUCAAGGCAUUUCAUGUUCAUGUCAUAUGUGUGAUCGUUUGCUGCUUAACGGGGAGCAUUUUCACUCCGUCUGUAGAGCUUUUUAAAAAUCAGCUGAUGCAAGUAGAGAAAACCAUAUUAUGUCAGGUGUAGCAGCCACAGAUUUGUUUGAUCACGGAAAUAUGUGGUUAAAUUCUGCUCAUUUACCCAAAACUUUCAAUUUAAGCACAGAAAUGUACACUCAGCUUUGCGUACUGUAAAUAAAAAUAAUGUUCUAUUAUCAACAUCGAUACUAGUGUAGGCUACUAUGAGCCUACAUCUGCAUUCAGGUAAGACUUUAAAUGCUCAAGUAGCCCCAAUACAGUACAGAAUAGUCAUAGUCACCAGUUGAAGUGGAACAUUAGUGUAAUAUUAUAUGCUCAGCCACCACUUUUUAUACCUUCAAAUUGUAACUUGUCCUUUUUUUCUCUUGCAGAACGCUGAGUAGCACAUUUCACAACAUCAGGUAAAAACAUUUCUCCAAUGAUUUUACCUGUGUGUGUGCAUAUUUGCCAGGACGAGUUAGCACCCCUCAUACACAUGAGUGCUAAUUUCUCCUCGUGCUGGUCUGAGCGUCAUGCCUGACCGGGAUAGUUCCUAUCUGUCAGGUGGUGGUGGUAGUCUGGGUGAGGAAGGAGGGCCCGGGUCAGGUCUGGCAGGCGGCUCAGUAGAGGGUAGAGGGGGCUCAGGAGGAAGUAUUGGAGGCAACACCUCUAGUUCUGGGAACAUGGGAGGAGGAGGAGCACUUGGAAAUGGCAACAGUUGUGGGAGCGGUGGAGGGCAAGGCGCUGGACCGGCUUUAGACGGUGUCUGCAGGGACUUCAUACGCAAUGUCUGCAAGAGAGGGAAACGCUGCCGCUUCAGACAUCCCGACUUUAAUGAGGUACCAAACUUAGGAGUACAAAAGAAUGAGUUCAUCUUUUGUCAUGACCAUCAGAAUAAGGAGUGUACACGUACCAACUGUCGCUUUGUCCAUGGAUCUAAAGAAGACGAGGACUACUACAAGAAAUCAGGAGAGCUGCCUCUCAGGCUGCGAGGGAAAGUUGCAGCAAGAUUGGGUCUCUCCCCCAUGGAUCUUCCCCAUAGCCGUGGGGAGGUCCCUAUCUGCAGAGACUACCUGACGGGAGAGUGUCAGAGGGGCAACAAAUGUAAAUUUCGCCAUGUCAAAAAAGACUUUGAAUAUGAACAGGGUAUCAAUAGGGUUGGAGUGGGUGGUGUGAUGGGACCAGGUGCCAGUGGAAUGGUGAAUGCUGGGGUCGGGAUAGGUGGUGGAGGAGUAGUAGGAGGUGUCUGUGGAGGCAUGCAGGGACUUGUAGGAGUUGGAGGUGGGAGUAAUAUAAUGGGUAUGGGAUGUCCCAGCUUGGGUGGUUGCCGAGAUCCAGGUAUCUCUGGAGUUGGGGGAGUAGGAGUUGGUGGGAUGAGCGGUUGUCUGUCCAUAAGUUCUUCAGCACAGCGACGUUAUGACAGGAGCUCAGUGUACGAUCCUCUGCUGGAGAACGGGUUGUUUGAUGCCAGUUCCUUAGAAGCCUCAAUGGACCACACUGCUCUGCAGUUGAAGAGGCGUAGGUUGGAGGGGUUCCGCCUGGCAGAUGGUAGUGUCGGUGGACACUAUGAACUGGGAGUUCAGGCCACCUUGCAACCACGCCCAUUUGAAUACAGGAUCCUGGAAGAAGAAAAUGCCCUGCUGAGGAAGAGAGUGGAAGAGUUAAAGAAACAGGUUUCAAAUCUCAUUGCCACAAACGAGGUUCUCCUGGAGCAGAAUGCCCAGUUCAGAAACCAGGCCAAGGUGAUGACCCUCUCUUCCACUCCUGCCCCCACUGAGCAGACUCUGGUUCCCCCUGUGGGUGCAGUAAGUUCCUACAAUCACAGCAUCGCCCAGACUCACACCACCCUGAGCAGUGCCGGACUGCAGCCUCGGCCUGUCAUACAGCAAGACCUGGUGGCUUCCACGGGUGCCCCUGCUGCGCCCCCUAGCAAUGCAGCCCCACCGACGGCCCCUCCGCCCCACCUCAACCCUGAGAUCACUCCCCUCUCUGCUGCCCUUGCACAGACCAUUGCACAAGGAAUGGCACCUCCUGUCUCUAUGGCACCAGUGGCAGUUUCUGUGGCACCAGUGGCAGUGUCUAUGACGCAGCCUAUGCCCGGCAUCACCAUGAGUCAUGCCACUACCCCGAUGGUGUCGUACCCCAUUGCCAGUCAAAGCAUGAGGAUCACCACUCUGCCUCACUAACUGAUCCAGUGGUCAGGGCUGGAGUGGACACAUGGUGGACUGAAGCAUCCUCAGUGAGGAUUUUAUCAUACAUGAUACACGACUCACCUGAUGAAUGGACAGUGAUAAGAGAGGUCUCUUCUCCACCAAAGGGCAGGAUAAUGACUUUUCCUUUCCUUCGCCCUGUAUUCUAUGGCUACAUUACAGCAACAUGUUUCCUGCAGGCAAACUGACAUGUGAACUGUGACGAAAGUCUGUGUACCAAAGGAAACAUUUUCAAAUAUAGGCACCAAAAAUGGCAACAGACUCAUUUGGAGAUGCCAUUAAGUGUUAAGCAUUUCUGCAAGACUGCUGUGUCAUGGGAAGCAUGCAGACUGUGGAAGCAGUUUGUGUCUAUUUUUUGUGGUUUGCUCUUGUGUAGUCUGACUUUGGUUAUUCGCAAAAUAAAAAAAAAGAAAAAGAAUAACAACCACUCAAGACAUAAA